AUGGCUCCCUCCAUCAGCGACUUCCCUCACAGUGUGGCCUCCACCCAGCCUUCUAUCUGUCGGAACGUCUUACGUGCCUCCCUUACCAGAACAGACCUUCAGAUUGUUGCCAUCAACCACACCUGCACGACCGUGCAAGACCUCAUCUACCUCAUCCGAUAUGACUCCUGCAUGGGUAAACUAUCGGACGACAUCUCCAUCCACGCCGUAUCCGACACCCUGAUCACCAUCAACGGUCGCCAGAUUGUCCUCACCUCUGAACGUGACCUCCAGAAGCUCAACUGGAGCGCCGUCGGUGUGGACUAUGUUGUCGAAUGCACCGGCAAGUUCACCAAACGUGACCUGGCCCUGCAGCACGUUACCUACGGCCAGGCCAAGCGGGUCGUCAUUUCCGCUCCCAGCUCCGACUCCCCAACAUAUGUGUAUGGAGUCAACUCAGAUGAUUACAUGGCCGAUGAAGCCCGACGAGUAGUUUCUUGUGCCAGCUGUACCACAAACUGCGUGACUCCCGUGUUGAAGGUACUCCACGAGCAGUUCGGAAUCGUGCAGGGACUUCUGACUACGGUUCAUGCCGCAACCCAAUCACAGCAGGUUCUGGAUGGGUAUAGCAAGAAGAACCGUCGGCUGGGCCGCAGUGUCUUCGAUAACAUCAUCCCUACUACUACCGGUGCCGCAAAGGCCAUUGCCACUGUCCUGCCUGAGCUGACAGGCAAGGUAACUGGAGUGUCCAUCCGUGUACCAGCUCCCAACGUCUCCAUGAUCGACUUGACCGUGACCACAGAACAACCCACAUCGUUAGCGGAGAUAUUGGCCGCAUUCCGCCGCGCAGCCAAGUCCAGUCUUGCAGGUGUCCUAUAUGUCAGCGACGAGGAGCUUGUCAGUAGCGACUAUAAGGGAAACCCGAACAGCGCAGUCGUAGACGCCGCUGCUUGCACAGAAUUGAAUCCCCAGUUCUUCAAGAUCAUGGCGUGGCUACCGAACGAGUUGAUUUUCCUAGUUGGGAAAGACAUCAAGGACGAUGUGUCCACGAAACUAGCCCUGAGCCAGUGCUCUCGCCGACUUCAGUGGCUGUUUGACUCUUCUCUAGUCUAUUCAUCUCUCGACAUUUCCUCCAUAGGAACACAUGAAUUUGCACUCAUUCGGCACUUGUGGUGUCGUCCUGACUUGACACGUCUUGUUCAACAUGCUUAUUUGGGCUUCGCGUGGCGUUUCCGUCCGGAUUCCCGGUCCAUCACGGGGGCUUAUUGCUCGCAGCGGGAUUGGAUCAUUGACCAUAUCGUUGAUGAUAUAAGUGAAUCCGAAUAUGAGAAAAAGGCUUGGCUGGGAGCGCUACUCACUCGCUUAAAUAACCUGAAGAGCGUCACGCUGACCUAUGGAAAUAAUCAAGGGUUACUCAAUAGUAUCUGGGACAAAGCGGCCUUCCACCGACAACCAUUUAACAGGACCACUCCGUUCCCGCUAUUGGAAAAGGUCACACUCAAAGGCCAAUUCAGCUUGCUCCAAUAUAAUUCACCUAUUGCAAUGGGCUUGUUUCAUCUGCCAGCUAUUCGCACAAUCCAGGGCAAUGCCGCGCGAGUUCGUUCAGUCACUGAAAUUGUGUUAUCUCCGGCCUACAACUGCCAACGCAUGGGCGAUUGGAUCUCAGCGUGCAGCAGGCUCGAGCGUUUCCAGGUGGACAUUGGCAUAGUGUCUGGUACCCACACCUUUUAUAUCUUCGAUCCUAUCGCAUUCCGCCAGUGUCUUCACCCAUGUAAGGAAACUCUCAAAGCGCUUUCUCUCAGGUUUCACCGUUCAUACCGGGAAUUCCGUGCCUGGCAGAGGACUACGAGAAUAUAUCGUCAUUUCCAACGUGAUGAUCUUCCGUUCGGGUCCUUCAGAGAGUUCAUUGUUUUGGAACAGCUCUCCAUGCGCCAUGCCAAUCUCGUACGACUCCCAGAUGCAAACAUCAGGGAUAGCUUUGACGCUACCCCGCGAUCCCUGGUUGAUAUACUGCCCACGUCUCUCAAAUCUCUCGAGAUCACCAACGUUCUGCACAGAUAUCUCCCCAAUCUUAUCUCCGAAUUAGAGGUGUUAGUUAGACUGCACCCCACUGUCAUGCCUCAAUUUGAACGUAUCAUGCUUCAUUUGCAGGAUCAGGAAGGGGAACUGGCCAAGUUCUUGAUCGGCAACCUUGAACGGGUAUGUGAAUAUAUGGGCGUAAGCCUGACGAUCAUGAGACGGCCCAUCCAGUUCUUGGAUUGA